AUGGCGUCGUCACAGCAUGAUCUAAAAGAUCCCUGCCAUUUCCCUAACUGCCAUUUCUGCCUCAGAAGUCGCGCGCGCAUCAUCCGUCACGCGAAUAUCGCAGCGCUGCGGGUUGGAAGGGAUUUCGCGGUCCACGUUGGCAGCUCCGACGAACUCUUUUGCCACACUCGAACUAUUAGAGUACCGCGAUCGAACCGAUCUGUAACCAUCCAAGUACCCGAUCUACCACGGCCCGUCUUGCCUAUUUCUUCUGAGGGCCUUCUGAUGAAGAGGAAGCGACCCUACUGGCAGACAGAGUACACUGGACUAGAACCAUCGGCACAUGAGCUGACGCCCUUUAAACGAAAGGCCCAACCUGUACAACCCCGUCUUACUGGACACGCCGAACACUAUCGCCUUACGCAAUCUAACGCCGUUCGCGGUAUUCUCCCUCCACCGAAACAUAUUCUCCCUUUGAGUCCCGGUCCUCGAAAAUAUAUAUCGAGACCCGAACCCUCGGUUUUCCACCCGCGCUGGGAUCCACUGCCCGUGGCCCCGAAGCCACAACCCAGACCAAUGCCUGGUGCCUGGCCAUCCGAGUUUGACGAGGAAGAUGGGGUGGAGGCAACGCCAACGGGCCAUGACAUGACCAUCCCUACCAAACUUAGUACGAACUUUUACAAUGUCGCCUCUUUUCUACGAGAAUCAUCUUACGGCCUCCUUAAAGCUUUCAGCAACAGAAUAUUCCCCACAAACCAUCAAGGAUCUACCAUUGAAGAUGGCGGACCUACCUCGAAGCGCCGUCGGCUCGAUAGCGAGGGAUUCCUCAAAACACCAAGAGUUGGAAGAAUCAUCGCCCCUGCUGAACCCAUUGGUGACCCAAUGGAUAUUGAUAGCCCUAUUGUUACGGAGAACCGACAUAUUAAGACAGAAUCGCCUUCCAACUAUUCGCUAGACAUGGGAGAACGACAGAUGCGACUACAAACAUCGCCAUCCCAAUCGCCCGUGGUAUCACCUAAUUCCGCGGCCGCUGCCAAAAGAGCCACCCAACUGUUUCCCAAAAUCAAGAAACAUGGAUCCAGGCGAAGCCAAAACCAAACCUUUACCCCAUCCCUCGAAGAUCGAGGCGAGAAACAGACCCAACGAACAACCGAACUGCCCAUCGAGCACACCUGGAAGCCUUUAGGCAAACCAAAAUAUGCCAGCAUCCAGGAGUUUUUCGAACACGACCACGAAUUUUGUCUGCCGGGCUUAGAAGCCAUUCGACUCACGCCUAACGACACUAAGGUGUACGAGUUAGAUUCAUUGCGCCAAGAGCGUUUACGCCUCGAGAAUGAGAGGCUUGAGAAGGAACGUUUAGAGCGACUUCGUAUUGAGGAGGAACGCAUUAAUGAGAGUCUCCGUCCGCUUGGUCUACGCAAAGCCAAAGCGCCUCUAAUUACUCCCCUGGAUAAGGAAUGGGCGCAGAGAGUUGGAGAUGCGAUAUAUAACGGCUAUGCGGAAGAAAACAAGUGGCGAGGGGCAAAGCAUCGGGAUGGUGUAGAGCUCACGCCUCGCGAUUUCGCAAAACUAGUACCGCCAACAACGUGGCUAAACGAUAACGUGAUCCAAGCGACGUUAGUCCACCUUGCAACAUAUAUCAAUGACGCAGCCGGCGUCAUCCCGAAGAGCAGCAUACCAAAAUGCGUCGCCCUUUCUUCUCAGUAUUGGUCAAAUUUCAUAAAGGACUACAAGAAGAAUAUUUUCCCUCGUGGAUUAUCACGCAAUUGGGGCGUCAAUCCCGAUAACUUCCUUGGGAUUGACACAGUGCUUAUUCCAAUCAACGAGAGUAGGAACCACUGGACACUCCUCAUUAUCCGGCCUUCACGCCGUUCUAUCGCUUAUGUUGACUCGUUUCAUUCAAGCGGCCUAAGUUCCCUUCGACACGCUCGCGGCUUUGUAGAGACACUGUUGAAGGAUAAAUACGUUGCUGGAGAAUGGCGUGAAGAAGAGUACACGGUACCGAAGCAAGAAAAUGGUCACGAUUGCGGUGUCUUCGUAAUCACGAAUUCUAUCUAUUUAGCGCUCGGCUUAGAUCCCAGCGACUACUCACGCGAGGAUAUGCCACUUCAACGACGGAGGAUCACGGCAAUGCUCCUAAACGGCGGGUUUACCGGACCGUUCGACCUAUCGAAAUUAUAA